ACUCCCCAUUUUUGACACACCAAUUUUCGUCCAUAGAGAGAGAAAAAAGAGAGAAAAUAUUAUUUUGUGUUCAAAGUCAUUUUUCUAAAGUGUUAGAGAUAUACAAAAAAUAUUAUAAAGAAAUAUUUAUAAGGGCCCCGUUUGGCAUCAGCGUCAGAGAUUAGCGUUGGCGUUUUGAAAAUGAUAUCCGACGGACUCCGGAGCAAGUUCGUGUGGAUACGUGGGAGGCUUCAUACGUUUGGCGCUACGUUCAUCUCCUCAAAACCGUCCCUGACUGUUUCUCCGUUCUCCAUUUUCACCGUUAAGGUGGAGGCUUUUCAACGGGGGUGGACUAACGCGGCUGCCUCUUUGAAGGGUGGAAGCUCAGUUGUUGUUACCCAACCCAUCAGUGCUGUGACAGGGGAAGAGUUGUGCUUUGUGGAUGCAACUGUUUUCCCUCAGUCUGGUUUGGUUUGUUUUGGGUGCGUGCUGUUGGGUGAAGACAGUUCGUUCCGAGCAGCAGUCAAUGGUCGCUUGAUCUGUGUGCAAGAACCUUUGAUGGCAGAAGCCAUGGCGUGUUGUGAGGCAUUACUCUGGUUGAAAGGUAAGGGGAUUCGUGCAUUCAAGCUUUUCUCCGAUUGUCUACAAUUGGUCACAGCUAUUGAACAACGGGAUCAUGGCUCCUUUUCUUCAUAUCUUGCGAGAAGUGCUUCUACACAUCGUUCUAUGUGGGAUGACACUCAUCCUAAACUUAUUGUGGACCUUUUAGUUAAUUAAUGAUUUAAAAUUUCCUUUCAAAAAAGCGGAGUGCAAUUC